UGUGUCCACCAGGGCCUGCACUGAACUUGUGAGCUUUGUGGGCACAGGCAUGUCCCAGGCCAGGAAGACAGAGGGCUCCAGCCCAGAGGAGGCCGCUGUCCUCAGCCCCGCACCAGCUUGCCGGCUUUCUCAGGAGGACAUCGGAGAGGCCAACUCCAAGCUGUCCCUGGCAUGGAACCUGAGGGCUCUCCCGAGAUCUGGCAGCAGGAAGAGGGUCUGGGAGGGAAAAACCCGGGGAAAUGCCAGCUCCAAGGCUGGUGGCACUGCAGAGAUUGGCCUGGAGGGCUCCAUGCCUGUGGCUGGGAGCCAGAGCCCCGAGUGCCUAGCUGACCCCAGGCCCCCCGGGCAGUUGCCUGCAGAGCCCGCCGGGCGGCAGGCCCAGGCCUGCAGGAAGCUCUGUGUUGCUCUGUGUGACUUCUUAGCUGAACGAUGUGUUUGUUGCAAACCUGCGGUUCCCCAAAAAGCCCUGCCGAGCAGGGAGAGGCCUGCAGGAGUGGAGAAGGCGAGUGGCUCUCGCAGUGGAGGGCUGGGGUCUCCAGAGUGUGACAGAAGAACCCCCACACUGAGCAGGGACAAGUCCCUUCGAAAGGGUCCGGCCCUUAAGAGGGCCAGAAGGAGCUGCAGGACUGGUCGGACCCGUCCCAAGAGGAAUGAAGGAGCUGGUAGCCUCUUACAGCUUGAUGCCAGCCCGAGUGGGAAUAGUCCCCAGUCAGAGGGGCACAGCCUACAUGGUGCUGACCUGGCAUUCCUGGGAGGUACCUGCAGCCCUUUUUAUCCUGCGGGCGUGGGGUCCAGGUCUGGGGAUGCCAGGGGAUGUCAGACAGGGUGUGCCCCAGGACCUGAAAUGUGGGAGCAGUCACCCUCUGUAGGGGCCCAGACCCCAUCAGGCAGCCUCUCUGGGCGUGCCGAUGUCCUAAUGUCCCAAGGGGACAGGGCACUGCCACCAGCCACCCAGGCUCCUCCACUGAGCUCUGCCCUGGGCUUGGGUGAGUCAGGGCAGCCUUCAGAGGAGCGAGGAGGAGCUGAGCUGAGGGCGGGGGCUGCCGGCGACCACGGCCCUGUCACUGCCCAGGACUCGGAGCAGCAGACGGGCAGCGCCGAAUUGGUGCCCUGCACUGGGCUCAGGCAAGAGCUGGUCCCCCUUGUAAGCACCUGUUCUGCAGAGCCUCCUGGCAGCCUCAGCUGUCCCCUGGAGCCUGGAGCCAGCACAGCCUGCUCAGGCCCAUUCAUGGGGCCAAGAAAAUCCAAGCUGAGGAGGGGGCUGGAGCCCGGUACCCAAGAGCAGGAUGCAGACAGAAGGCCAGCUGACUCCGGCCAGCGCGAGCAAGAGGAAUCCGGCACAGGAAGCUGGUCCACCCCGGACAAAGAAGAAAGGCCCCAUGGAGUGAAGCUUGUAUGUUACCUACUGGGGUCUGGGCCAGUGGUCCAUCUCCUGGGUGCUACCAGCCACCGCCCGACAGGGGGCCAGCCGAUGCCCAAGCUGGAGGCUCUGAAGGAUUUGACAGAGGUCAUCUCAGGCCCAUCCACAAAGAGGCACAGAAGGAAGAAAGAGCCCCUGGUUGAGGGCCCUACGGAGUGCCAGUGUGGCCCGGUGGAGGCUGAGGCAGAGGAAGCCCUACCCAGGAGGACAGAGGUCUCAGGCAAAGUCCAGCUCCAGUCCCUGCAGCAGAGGUCAACGCUGGACCCAGCAGUCCAAGGCACCGUGGUCCGUGCCAUCCAUGAGGCGCUGAGGAGUCGCCUCCCCGAGUUGCCCGACCUGGCGCUGAGUGAGGAGGCAGUAGAGGCCAUCGCUACCAGCAUUGAGGCUGCCCUCCUGGACCUGACACAAGGCACCAAUGGCCGUUACAAGAGCAAGUACCGCAGCCUGCUCUUCAACCUGCGUGACCCCAGGAACCCAGACCUGUUCCUCAAAAUAAUUCAAGGCGAAGUCACCCCCCAUGACCUGGUGCGGAUGACCUCCAUCCAGCUGGCCCCUCAGGAGCUGUCCCGCUGGCGGGACCAGGAGGAGAAGAGGGUCCUGGAGGUCAUUGAACAGCACCAACAGGAGCUAUGUGGACUUCCGGCCUCCAAGUUGACCCACAAGGGUGAAGUCGAGAUCCCGCGAGAUGACGAUCAGACGCUGACCCUGGAGGAUCUGGUGGGCUUCCUGGAGUCCCCGGACCGCAGCAGCCCACCAGCCCCACCUGCCGCAUCAGGAGACACCACGGAGCAGCACGAACACCACUUCCUAGACCCCAACUGCCGCAUCUGCACAGCCUGGAACCCCAUGAGUGAGCUGCCAGGCUUCCUCAAAGCCACCAAGAGCGGCGAGGAUGGUGUCUUCCAGAGAACCCCAAGCCCGGCUACUGUGGCAGCUCCAGAAGCAUCCACGAAGCCCCAGGACAGGUCCCAGAUGCCUGCCGGGUCCACCAAGACCCUAACUAACCAGCCCCUCUGGGAGGGCAUGCUUGACAUGUUCUCCAUCAAGCGGUUCCGAGUUACUGCUCAGCUGGUCUUGGGACAUAGCUGUCAGCUUGCUCAGGCUCUGCCCGAGGUGAUCCGCUCAGCAGGCUGUAUCCCCCCUAACACCAUCUGGGACCUUUUGGCCAGCAUCGAGCCAGCCAAGGCCAAGGACACGUGUGUGCUCAGACUGUGUCCUCACGGGGCUCGGGACACUCAAAACUGCCGCCUGCUCUACUCCUAUCUCAACAACAAGCAGCGCCAUGGCCUGGCAGCUGUGCAGCAGGUGGGCAUGGUCCUGCUGCCCCUGCCAGCUUUCCAGCCCUUGCCUAGCAGGCUGCGCCCCCUGGGAGGCCCAGGUCUGGAAGUCACUCACUCGAGCCUCUUGCUGGCUGUGCUGCUCCCCAAGGAAGGGCUUCCGGACACGGCAGGGUCCAACCCCCUGUGGGGCAAGGUCCGCAAGGUGGUUUCAUUCAGCAGGAAAGUGGAGAUGAAGUGCUACCAGCCGGAGGACAGGAGACCGGCUACGGCCCCCAGGAGCUCCCCACAGCCGGCCCAUGGCCAGGGCAGCCUGGUCCCAAGGGGAGGUUUGGCUUGGCAGAGGGCACCCAGAGGUAGGGGGAGGCUGUGGGUAGAGCCCCAAACCUGGCAGGGUCCCGGGCAAGGACAACAGCCCCGAGAACCAGGCUGGUGUCAGUUCCGGCACUCCUACUCAGUGGCACCAGCAGGCCGUGGUUUUGGCCGUGGCCAGAAUCUCCAUCAGGCUUUCUGUCCCCACCAAGCCCUGCUGCAGCACCUGGAGUCCCUAGUGUCCAUGAGUCACCAGCUGCAAGCCUCACUGUGGCCAGCCCAGGAAGCCUUUCUCCUCUCCCCUGCAGCAUCUGUGCAGCCCCCUUCUGCCCCUGGCACUGCUAGCUCUCCGGGCCUGCCCCCAGCAGCUGCAGGACCUCCUGGUUCAGCCCCUGACCCAUCUUUGGGUCCAGCACAAGGGGAUGGCUCUGAGCAUCCCCUUCCUGGGGAGGUGUGACCCUGCCCGGUGCUGAACCCUCAGCUGUUUCAGGGAGUCCCAGGGAGGGUGGGUCUCCUUCCCCCAGCUACCCUCUUCCAGUUGCCUGUUCUUAAGUUUGGUAUUGAUGUUUAGUUCAAUAAAGAAGUUGUCCAAGUUGAGGCUCUGGUUGCUGGCUCUGGGGAGGAGGCUGGGAGUGGAAGGGGAGUCAUCUCCAGGUUUCUGAGCCCAGCUGUGCAGCCCGACCAGAUGGUGAUCCGAGGUCCUUCACCAUGACUGAGGCUGGCACACAGAUGUUGCCCCGGUGACCUCCGGAAGCAUUUUAG